AUAUUCCGCAGAUCAGAAGUGCAUGAGACAGCAUUCAGUGCACGAGCUCUAGAGAUCAAGACCAACUCUUGAGCUCUCUGCUUCUGCUUUAUUCAUGGAUACUAACCUGGGAUUGUACUUUCACCGCAUGACGGCAUACUUUUUGAAGAUCCAGUGCUGAGCUCUAUAUGAGGUGCACAGACUCACUUCUAAACAUUUGUGAAGCGUUUCACUUUGAGUUUUAAUCUAUAAAUACUGACUUAGGCAAUGCAAAAGGGGUUCUGUCUUUGGAUUGUUCAGGCUUGGACAGCCAUGACGACCUUUUGCAAGUUAGAACACAUUUGAGAUCCAAUAAAGGGCGCAUUUGGACCGGUCCCAGCACCUGGAGUACCAGGGCACUUUGGAUUCUCCUCUGUAGACUUGAGCGGGUGCUUCGGGUCACUUAAAGAGGGAUCUCUUCAAGGUAUGGUACUGGACUCUCUGACUUCAGGAGCGGUUCCAAGGCUCCUACAGUCUGCAUCUUUCUUAUUAGGUGGAAAAUUGACAUUGGAAGGAGAUGAGAACCUUAUUCUGCUGCUUUUUGCUCCUCACCUCGCACCUUCUGCUGGCAGCUGCUGAGGAGUUUGCAAUCCCUCAAGAGUUCAUCGACAGACUGUCCCACAGCGAAAUCAACAGCAUCAGCGACCUCCAGCGGCUACUGGAGGUAAAUUCGCCAGGUCCUGGAAAUGAGGUGAUUGAGGAGGUCAAACAGAAGCACCAUCAGAAGAGCCAUCACUCAUACAAGGCCGCUUCCUCAGAUCUCAAGAGUCUGCAGCUGUCCCACAGACGGAAGAGGAGUGUCGUUGAGGAAGCAGUGCCCGCUAUGUGCAAGACACGGACAGUGGUCUAUGAGAUCCCCCGCAGUCAAGUGGAUCCCACCACUGCAAACUUCCUGAUAUGGCCUUCGUGUGUGGAGGUGAAACGCUGUACAGGCUGCUGCAACACCGGAAACAUGCGUUGUCACCCCUCCAAAAAACAGCACCGUACAGUCAAGGUGGCGAAGGUAGAGUUUGCAUCGCGUAAGAAACCAAAAUUGAAGGAGGUGCUUGUCCGGUUAGAGGAUCAUUUGGAAUGCGUGUGCACGUCACAGCAUCACGUGAUCGAGCACGCAGAAGCAGACACAGGCCCACGCACAGUUAAAAAUGGUAAAAAACGGAAACACAGAAAGCAAGCAGUGGCAGCACAGAUCAACAAGGAUAUUCAAUAAAAAGCAAACCUUUCCUAAUACUCAACGGACCAAAAUAUCCUGCAGUGGACAUGAGGUGAAACCACGUCAAACAAGCAAUCGAAGGACAACAGUGGCUAUGUAAUGCUACAGCAGCACUGGGACUUUGACCUCUGAACUCUGACCCUACUGACCCCAUUGCUGUUUAGAAAAAAGAUACUGUAUCCAGAGGAACAUUAUACACAAAUACAACGCCAAAGGUGCUUUCUACGUACUCUGUCAAACACUGAAGACAAACACGAUUGGUAUUCAGUUAAUUAUUAAGUGGUCAAACACUGGGCAGAAACGAAACUGAAAAGGACGAUGUUUGUGUUGAUUCUCUGUUGUUCAUGUGUACGACUUUCUUAAAGGUCAAAGAUGAGGAGACAGUCUUUUGGAGAACACUAAGCUUGUAGACCAUGAUAUUUCCCAUGCUUGUAUUUGGAUCUGCUCAAGAGGGAGUCUUGGAUGGACUAACUAAUGGACUCCAGUAAUGUAAAAAGAGGAUGAACAUAUUAAAGGAUGUGUUUUCGAAUUACCUUGCUAAAACGGAAGACACAAUUUUCUGUUGUUCUCUACCUUAGUACACUUGGGUCCAGAACAUUGAAACUGCCAUUUCCAGUGAGCCUCUAGAAAGUUUUACUGCCUGUCCGUGAACAAGACUUCUGAAGGCAGUGAAAGGCAGAAUAAAUUAUUUAUGUAUGCGAUCUCUCUUUCUCACACUCUUCGUUUCUCAGUCCAAUGUAGAGCUCAUCUUCAUUGAUCGGGAAGUAUUACCAGUAACAUUUUUCUCAAUAUUUCAAUACAUUCUUGCUUAUAUUUUACAGCAAACUAUCCUGGAAAUGUGUGUCAUGUAAGAGACAGUUGUGGAAAGAUGCUUUAUUUUUGUUAAAAAUAUAUUUAUAAUGCUAAUGUAGAAUCAGGCAGGAAGUAUGUUUAUGUAUUGCGUUUCUGUUCUUGUGAUGUAAUGGUUGUAUGAUGGGAUAAAAUGACCCACUGAGAGUAAAUGCUAUGCAGUAUCCGCAGGUUGGCCAUGACACAAGCAUCAUUAGUCAUAUGUUGUUUCAUAAUUUGCUUCCUUACUCACCGUAGCAUAAUAUUUAAUGCUGACAUACAAAGAGAGAAAAAGAUCAAAUAGUCAAUAAACACUUACCUUAGGUAUGAAGCUUUGUUAUAAAUAAAGAUAUCAAAACUAA